AAGCGACCGUCUCGCACGGCAUUCGGUCGCGUUGCCGCCGUCGCUCUCGCCGUGGCGGUUCGUUCGAACCGAAUUGUGAUACCGCGACUUAGUUUAGCUUGCGUUUACCUCUCGUCUCCGCUCGGGUCAGUUAGGCUCGCGCUUUCGAGCCGCCAGCACCGUGUGUUCUCUUUUUCUCUCUCUCUUCCUCUCUAUCUCCCUCUCUUCUCUCUCUCUAUCUGUCCUCUCUCUCUCUCCCUUUCCCUAUCCACCUUGUAACCCUCUCGUGCGUUCUCCCACGGCCUCUCAUCGUUGGCCCUUUUUCGCGGAUUUCCUCGGGAUUUUUCCUUCUCCUACCUUGCUCGCACGACGCGAUCGUUUCCGGCACAUGCGAACCGACGCUCGUCGAAGAAGAUAGUCCUCGAUUUGGACCCGACUGAGUCUCGCCAUUUUCGAGAUGUGGUCCAUACACUGCCAGAAUUUAGUGUUCAUCGCCUGUGUGUUCCUGCCUUUGCUCGUGAGAGGCAUUCCGGAUUACUCUGGGCUGCCGCCGGGGCCAUACUGCGCCUCGAGGUAUCCUGGGGGCAGUUGUUGUCCAGGACGACAGGAUGACUGCAGCUCGCCGAUCCUCACGACGCUGUGCUACUGCGACGAUUUUUGCAAUCGGGACCGUGAAGAAGACUGCUGUCCGGAUUAUUGGCAGCAUUGCAGAGGCAUCGUGCCGAACGUCACGUCGCCGCCCGAGGAGAUAAGAAGAUGUUUCUUCCAAGGGAGGAACUACGAUCAUGGACAGACGUUAAGAGUCAACUGCAACACAUGUAAAUGCUCCUCGCUCGGUAAGCGCGCCGAAGUGCUCUGCGAGGAGAACCGAUGCUUGAUCGAGCCGGAAUUAAUGGAGGAGGUCAGCUUGCAAGAACCGACGUUGGGAUGGCAAGUGGGCAAUUAUUCCGAAUUCUGGGGAAGGACACUACGGGACGGCGUAGAGCUACGCCUAGGCACUCUCAAUCCGUCGCAGUCCGUAUACAAGAUGAAUCCGGUGCGACGUAUUUACGAUCCGGACGCGUUGCCACGGGAGUUCGACGCCAGGACACGCUGGCCACGCGAUAUAUCUGGCAUUCACGAUCAAGGAUGGUGCGGCGCGUCCUGGGCCGUGUCUACGGCCGACGUCGCGUCCGACCGUUUCGCGAUCAUGAGCAAAGGCGCCGAAGACGUGGAGCUGAGCGCGCAACAUCUGCUCUCUUGUAACAAUAGAGGACAGCAAGGCUGCAGAGGCGGAUACUUGGAUCGUGCUUGGCUCUUCAUGAGAAAAUUCGGACUGGUGGACAAGGAGUGCUAUCCUUGGACCGGGAAGAACGAUCAGUGCAAACUACGCAAACGAAGCAACCUAAAGGUCGCCGGUUGCCGAAAGCCGCCAAAUCCGCUGAGACAAGAAUUAUAUAAGGUUGGACCGGCCUAUCGUCUGGGCAACGAGACCGACAUUAUGCAGGAGAUUCUGACUUCUGGACCCGUGCAAGCUACCAUGAGAGUCUACCAAGACUUCUUUGUUUACAAGAGCGGAGUGUAUAGGCACUCUCGCAGUGCGGAAUUGCACGAUUCCGGUUAUCAUUCGGUGAGAAUAAUCGGAUGGGGUGAGGAGCCAUCUUAUCGCGGCCCACCGCACAAGUAUUGGUUGGUGGCAAACUCCUGGGGACACCGUUGGGGUGAGAACGGACUCUUCAGGAUUCAAAAGGGAACGAACGAGUGCGAGAUCGAGUCGUACGUACUGGCAGUUUGGGCUAAGACAAUAUAAAGAACAUGAAGAUACCAAAGUACUAGAAUAUCCGAUUGUCGUAUAAUCACUGUUGGUGCAUUUAUUGAAUCUCUCGGUCGGUCGGUCGGUCGGUCGGUCGAUCGUGCGCAACGAUGCAGUUGCGCCGUGGACGAGGAACGAUAUGCCGAUGUUGGAAAGUAUGUGAUCCAUGUGCCUCCGUAUACGCCUUAUUACACAAGUAAGAUCGGGAGGGUGGGGAGGUUGUUCAUAGAUAUUUAAUGUAAGUAAUAUACACGCACAUAAUCGAAGGAGCGUCAUCGUUAUUUCGUCGGCUGCAUUACUCGUAGGCAACAGUAAUCGCUUCGUACGCGCGCUCGGAAUCGGUAUUUUUCAUAUAUUAUGCAAAAGAAGAAGAAAUCGAAAUCACGUCUCACGUAAAAUCACGCACCGGUAACCCGGCCGCGUGAGGAGCAUACUAAGUGUCAAGCGCUUGAAAUAAAUUUUGUAAGUACACAA